AUGCAGUUAAAAAUCUCUAGCUUCACUUUCAUUUUAGUAUUUGCCACAUUUCUAAAAUGUUCUCAAAUCGCCAACUCUCAGGAGAUUAUCUAUGUGCCGCGUACACAACUAUUGGCUCGUUGGCCAUUUUUCAGUGGUUUUCGUAAUAUUUUACGGGUAGUGCGUCCUAAUGUGCAUGUGGGCAGAAAAUCGGAUUUUCGCAGUGAUUUCGAUGAAAAUUAUGUGAAUUAUCAUGGUGCUCAAAUGUGGAAGAUAAUGUUUAAUCAGGAUAUGAAUAAGAAUAAUAUCAGCAGAACGGAAGAUAUGCAAAAGUUUAUUGAAAACACUUCUUGGUCACGACAGUGUUUGCCUAAUCAACGUGUUAACAAUAGUGGAAUUUAUACUCUAGUGCGCAGUACAAACGGUAGUUUAUCCUCGGUUUUCUUUUCAAGUGAGGAUCUGUACGAUAAUACGAUCGAAAGUUUACAAUGGUUAAUACCCACCGAUAUACGUCGUUUCAAUGUUUUUUCGCCUCAGUCUACGUAUCAGAUUAAUAUGCGUUAUCGUAAUGAUCCCUCGGUUAAACGGUAUUUCGGUCAUCAAUUGUGGAAAAUUCAUGAGAAUGAUGUAUCGAAUUCAGAAUUAAAUCUGUUUUGGAAAUUAUUUGGCAAUGAAGUUUGGAACAUUAAUCAAGAUGGAAUUGAUGUAUUGAUUGAUUUUAAAAACACCGCCAAAGCCAAAGAAUUUAUGGCAAACAGUGAAUUUACCUACAACGUAAUGAUUGACGAUCUGGAAGUGGCUAUUGAUGAGACCUAUGUAGAAGUUAAUACCACUAAUCCUAAAAUGCCCUGGUUGGAUAGAGAAGGUACCAUCAUGAAUUGGAAUCGUUAUCAUGAUAUUGGCGACAUAAAACAAUUUAUGCAAUAUAUUUUGGAGAAUUAUUCUGAAAUGGCUGAAAUUGUGCAAAUUGGUGUGACCAACAAUAAGAGACCUUUGGAAGUAUUGAGAAUAUCGAAUGGUGAUCCCAAUAAUUGGGCUGUAUUUAUUGAUGCCGGCUUACAGGGUCGAGAUUGGUUAAGUCCGGCUGCUGUCACCUUGGCCAUAUCGAAGUUAACGCAUUUGUGGGAUAGUCCGGAAUCGGACAUAAUGCAUCAUAUUGAUUGGUAUUUCUUGCCGGUGGCCAAUCCUGAUGGUUAUCAGUAUUCACGUAUAACCGAUCGUUUGUGGACUAAAAAUCGCCAUUUCGAUACGAAAACUGGAUGUUUUGGUGUAAAUUUGGAUAGAAAUUUUGAAUAUAAAUGGGGUGGUUCGGGUUCAUCGGAAAAUCCUUGCAAGAAUCUUUAUAAAGGUGCCAAAAAGUUUUCGGAACCCGAAACCAGAGCCAUUAAAAAUUUCAUGUUAAAUAUGAAAGAUUAUUUGGGAGCCUACAUUUCAUUUGGUGGUUAUGGCCAGGAAAUAGCCUAUCCUUGGGGUGAUGCUGAUUUUGUUACAGAUAAUCAAAGAAAUUUGCAUAAAAUUGGUCGCAAAGCUAUGGCGAAUUUCCGCAAAAUGAAUCAGGCGGAAUAUCGUGUGGGUUCCAGUUAUCGCCUUAAACUUGCUCGUGCUGGCAACUCCGCCGACUGGGUGCAAUAUCACAUUAAUCCUCAGUAUGUGUAUAAUGUGUUCCUUAAAGAUCAGGGCCGUUAUGGUUAUUUAAUGCCACCCCAUUAUAUUGUGGAAUCGGGAGAGGAGGCGUAUGAGUUUAUGAAAACUAUAGCUUUAGCAUUAGAUUACAAUUAAUGAAGAGUAUUUAAAAGUAUAAAUAAUUUGUAAGUUUAGUAAUUAAGAUAAU